UCUAUCUAUCUAUUCGGUGCGUGACCCCGGUCGGAUAGGCGCGUCGACGGCUGGUCAGCUUGUCGCGAUCGGAAAUAUAAUCAAGGUUGGGUGGCAAGGGACGAUAGGAGAGGAGGGUGGAAAAUAAUUGAAACACGAGCGUUCAUUAGCAAACGCGCCGGCCCGAACGAAUCGCGUAUAGUCGUUCGUUCAACGAAAGAGUAGAGAAGCGAGAGAAACCCCAGCAGCCAACGUUCACACUAUGUUCUAUUAUAUAAUAUAAAUCAAAUAAAAAUUAUUUUAAUCGUUAUUCUUCGACACGUUUUUGUUCCAUUAGGAAAAAGAGAAGGAACAAGAAGAGGAACAAGAACAAGAAAUAAAGGAAAAUAAAGAAAACACUAGAGGAAGGAAAAAAGGUGAAAGAGGGGGUGAAGGAGGAAAAGGUGGAGGAAAAAAACUUCGGUGACAACGGAGGAGAAUCGGGAGAGGUGGGAGGCAACAAAAAAAAAACGAUAUAAAAAGAAGAAAUUAUUCGAAUCGGUGUUGGUAGCGGUGGACACGAAAGGGAGAAUAAGGGAGGGCAAUCACCCCCCGCCUCCCGAGCAAUGGAUCUUGCAUUUCUACUCUUGGUGGUGCUGCUCAGGCAAGAGGUCGCAGCUCUGAAGUUACUCAGUAUAAACGUCCCACCGUACACCUUAAGGGGCAAGAACGCAAUUCUGGAGUGCAGCUAUGAUCUAGAAUCGGACAAGCUCUAUUCUUUUUCGUGGUACAAGGAUCACGAAGAAUUCUAUAGAUACGUACCCAGGAGUGACCCGACACAACAUAGUUAUCACGUCGAGGGUAUUAAAGUGGACCACCGACACUCUAACAAUACACGAGUUCAACUACAAGAUGUUGGUUUUCACACUAGUGGCAGAUACAAGUGCGAAGUUGUCGCAGAAGCACCUAAUUUUUAUUCGGUUAUUGCUGAAGCCAAUAUGGAGGUCAUAGCACUACCCCAAAAAAGUCCCACGAUAACGGGCGAAGAAAAGAUUUACGCUAGUGGCGACGUUCUUGCCCUAAAUUGCACAAGUGACAGGUCCCAUCCUGGUGCGCAUAUCAAGUGGUUCAUCAACGACGAACAGGUGAAAGCUGAUUUGGAAGGGAAACUAGAACAGCACGGUAUGAUCUCGAUGAUAUCGAGUCUCCGACUGAAACUCGAACCUGAUCAUCUCUCUAGUGAGAAGAUAAACGUCAGAUGUGAAGCAACCGUACAAUCGAAUCAAGAACAGAACGGUCAAAUCUAUGACGUAAGGACAACGGAAUUUUUCGUUCAAGGACAAGCUAAUCUCCUGAGGCCAUCCGCGUGUCUACUGUUGUUGACCCUUUUCUCGCUACAACGAUUAUUGCUGCCUCUUUAGACACCCUAGAAAAAAAAGAAAAAAUAAGAGAGAAAAAAAGAGGGAUAAGAAUUUCCUAAGACUUUCUUUUGUCCUUUCUCUCGUUCUCCUCUUUCGUCUCGCAUUUUUUCCCCCUAGCCUUAAAAAGAAGAGAGAGAAAAAAAUAAAAAGAAAAAGAGAGAGAAAAGAGAAAGGGUGAAAAGGGUGAGAAAGAUUAAGAUUGGAAUAAAAUAAAGAACGUAUUUAAUAAAAAAAGAAGAAAUAAAGAGGACUAGAGGAAUAAAACGAAACAUUUUGAGUUUCGUGACGAAAGACAAUCACAUCGUCGAUACUGCUCGAUGAUGAUGGAUGAUGGAUAAUUAAUAAUGGUCGGCAAGGAACAGGGAAACGUUGUGGGGGAAAUAGUUUUCAAUUAAUUAAUUAAUCGUUGACUGUACAGUCUCGCAUCUCGCGAAAAAAGAGUAUGCUAAGUAUCUCUUCUACACAAUUGUUGUUUUUUCACGGGUAACACCCGUUAUAAAUAUACAGAUUGCGCGUAGAUAGUCAAUUGUGCGAAAAACGAAAGGGUAAAAAUUAAAAACAAAAAGGAAGCGGAAGGGGUGAGAAUAAAAGAAAAAAACAAAAUAUCGACUCGCAUAAAAGAGGUGCAUUGAACUUGAAUAACGCACAAGAGAAAAAAAAAAGGGAAAGGAAAACGGGAAUGGAAGAUAAAUAAAAAAAAAAGGAUAGAUAUAUGUAUAUCUAUAUAUAUAUAUAUAUAUAUUUAAAUCCUUUAACGUCAUUUGUAAUUGAGCACCGAUUGUAAACGAAUAAUAAUCGAACAACCAACACAAAUAUAAUUACCCAAAGAUUCAAUAGAAUUUAAUUCUAUUCGAAAGAAUCAAUUGUAUAAUUAUUUACGAUAAAAAAAAAAUAAAAUACAAUUUCUUCGUUUAUCUUAUCGUCAAAUGAAAUGUGCAAUAUUUCUAAAAUGCAAUAAAGUGAAAGUCAUGAUAACUGCCAUCGAAAACAAAAUAAAAUACCAAAAUGUUGUUGAAGUUUUGGGAUGUUUCUUCGAAGACAUGAAUCUUCUUACUUUUACAACGAUGGAAGUGAAAAUCGGGGGUGAGAGUGUGGGUGGGGGUUAGAGGGAUAAAGGAACCACGAAGUAUAGAGAACGAAAGAAGAGUACGUUUGAAAAAGGAAAAUCCAACAUUGAUUCUUCGAGAAAGAAAGAAAGAAAUAAGAGAAGAGAGUAGAGAGAAGAGAAAUAAGGGUAAAAGCUUCGAAUCGGAAAAAGCUGCGGCACUUUUAUUUUCCACUACGAGUAUAUCACAGAGAGUGCUAUUCGUUCUCGUCUUGUCGUAGUGUUUCCAUUUCGACGAACGCAUUACUAUGAGAGCGAACGUUAUCGCUGCCUAGCUAGGUAUGUAGAAAAAAAAAAAGGAACAAAAAAAGGAACGAAAAGGAAAAAAGGGGGACAAAGUUCACGCGCCGUCGUGAUCCUUUGCCACGAUAAAAUUAGCUCGUUACUCAAACCCGCGUCUCGUUCGUUCGUUCGUUCGUUCCUACAAACGUGUGGUUCGUUUUUUCUUUCUUUCUCUCUAUCUCUCUCUCUCUCUCAAAAAAAAACGAAAAUGAAUCAUUGGGGGACGGGGGAGAACGUCGUUUUUUUAAGAUUAUUUUUUUUCUAUGCUUCAAGAACGUGUUUCAUAGAUCGUCCAGCUUAGCUUCUCGAUCGAAACGCAAUCUGACAAAUUUGAUAUUCUCUCUUGAUGAGAGAGAGAUGGAAAUCAAACUAGACUAGAUUACUUAUUACACUGCUUGUAAAUCGUAAGAUAAAUUUCUUCUCUCGGAUAUUUCGUCAAAAUAAUACAAGUAUCGCGGAUAAAAAAAAAA